AAAAAGUUCAGUCGAUUUCAAAUAUUUCCAGGUAAGAAUUAUAAAGUGAUAACAAGCCUAUUUUAUUAAAUACUGAAAGUUGAAUUCCAUUUUUUUUUAUAAGGCAGCAAAUGGUGUGGUCCUGGAACUAUUGCGAAAAGUUUUAAUGAUUUAGGUGAAGAAGAGGAAAUGGAUAAAUGCUGUCGGACUCAUCAUUUCUGCAAGGAUGUUAUCCCAGUAUUUGGCGAUAAAUAUGGGCUUACAAACACGGACAUAUUUCCAAAACUAAGCUGUGAUUGUGAAGAAAAGUUUUUUAAAUGUCUUCACAAAGCAAAUACGGUAGUUUCAAAUAAAAUGGGAGAAACCUAUUUCAAUCAGGAAAAAUCGCAAUGUUUCAUGAAGGAUUAUCCGAUUGUUAAAUGCUUGAUAAGAAAAGCGCUAUCUCAAUAUGAAUCUAUAUGUGUGAAAUACGAAUUGGAUGCAACAAAGUCAAAAAUUUAUCAAUUAUUUGAUACACCAUUCUAUAAAGUGCCGAAUUUUCAUCGAGAGUAAACAUUUAAUCUAUAUAUAUUGCAUAUUUAAUUUAUUAUGGAAGCAUUGAGAUAAAUCUGGCUGACUUUAAAAGAAUGAUCUUUUAUGCGUGGAUUAUUUCACUAUUAACGUUUUUCAACAUUAAUUUGUA